AUGCUAAUUGAAAAUGAGGAAACAAUAUGUAAUGUGAUAUAUGAAUGUAAUGAUAAAAUAAAGCUAUACAUAAAAAUAAAUGAUAUAACUAACAAUAUCGGAAUAUAUAAGAUAAAAAAAGAGAUGAAACCAUGUUGUAAUCAAAAUGGUGAAAUUGAUUUUACUAAUAUUAAAGAAAUUAAAUAUUUUAAAUAUGAUUAUGAUAGCGAAAUUAAAUUUGUAUCUGAUACAAUAAAUGGCAUUUUGCAUGGCCAUAAAGAAGGUACUAAUGGAUGCGUGAUAUCUUUUUUUAAUAUAAAUGAACAAAUGAAAAAUAAAUUUAAAAAUAACAUAAUGAAUGACAACAAUAAUGCUAAUCAGAAUUUAAGAACAAAUGAUAUAAAUUAUCUUAUAGACAAUUUUUUUAACAAAAUAAGUAAUAUUUCCUUUGAAAAAAAUAAAAAACAACAAAGAAAAUUUUCGAUAAGAUAUGGUAUAUUAAACUAUAAUAAUUUAUAUGAUUUGUUAGAAAAUUAUUGUGAUAAUAAAGAAUAUUAUCAAAAAAUAAAAAGCUGCGCUUUAAAAUGGGAUGAAACCACAGAACCAAUUUUGAAUAUACAUAAAACUGAAGCAAUACAAAGUGAUGGAUUGAAAAUGUUCAACAAAAAAACCAAAGAAAUAAAAUUUUUUGAUUCCGAAAAAUUAAAAGAAAUCCUUAAUUUUGCCGAAAAAGAAAAAAUUGCACUGGAAAAUAAACUAGACAUUAAUGACUCAUUUUAUUGUUCAUUAAUAAAUCUAAGUAUUGGUAAUGAUACAGAAAAUGAUAUAUUUACUAGUAAUUUAUUGAGUAAUAUAAAUAAUGGAAAUAAUGAUUAUAAAUCUGGUAUAAGCAACUUUUUCUUUAUCAAUGUUUAUUAUGCUGGUUCUCAUACUAAUAUAGAAGAAGAGAAACACAAGGAAAAUGAAGUAAAAAAUAUAUUUUGUGAAAUUAGUAAUAUAAUAAGAAAUAAUUCGUUCGAAAAAAAUAUAAAACUCGAUAAUUCAAAUAUUAGAACAAUAUCAAAAUUAUGCUCGGAAAUAUUUACAUGCUCAGUUUUCGCUUAUUUGAAAAUUAUUCUGAAUAUUUCAGAUAAUUAUGGUAUAGAAAAAAAUAAUGAAUGCAUUUUGAACUUUCUAUAUUCCAUUGAUUUAAAAAUAAAGGAUUUCUUAAGUUUGUUUACUAAAAAUAUGAAUAAAUCAGGAAAUAACAAUAAAAAUUUAAACCUGAGUAACAAUGAAAGAUAUAAAAAGAUUGAAAAUGUUUUAUUUAAAAAUGUUGAUUUAGAUGAAAAAGACAAAUAUAAUAUAAUAAAAGAAGCUAUUAAUUUCCCUGAAGAGCACGUUGAUAAGUUGCUAUUAUUAAAUAAAACUUUUGAAGAAAAUUAUUUAUUUUAUAAAGAAAAGGAAAAUGAAUUUCACGAUAGCAUAAAAUAUAUUGUAGAAAAGCAAAAUCAAAUUAUAAAAAAAUAUGAAGAAGAAGAAAAGCAGAAAAAUAAUGAUAUUAAUAAUGUACUUACGGAAAUAUUUUGUAUUGAUGAACAAAAUUUAGAAAUAAAGAAUGAAAUAGAAAAAUACAAAAAUUUAAAUUUAAGCUAUUUACACACAGAAAAAAACACUCACGAAGAAGACAAGAAAAAGAUCCAAAAUUCUAACAAAACAAUAGACAAAGAAUAUGAAAACUUUUUAAAAUUUAGAAACGAAUCAAAAAUAGAUAACCAAUUAAUAGAAAAAAGGGAAAAUGAGCACCAAAUUCAAGUUACAAAAAACUCGAUAAUGCCUAAUGAUACUGAGAAUGACAAUAUUCGAGAUAUAUGCAAAAUCCAAGAAGAAGAAUAUUUAAAAAAUUUAAACGAUGCAAUAUAUUAUGCAAAAAAUGUUUUCCAAGAAACCCAUAAUUUGAAGAAGCAUUAUGAUUAUAUUAUAAAUAAAAAAAUGGAACUAUUAAGUAUUUUAAAAAAUACAACUUCAAAAUUUAACGAAAAAGCAAAAUCAUUGAUGGAUAAUUAUAAAAGUACAAAGGAACUGAGAUUCAUUUAUACAAUAACUGAUACCGGAGUUAAUUUUGAUGGAAAAUAUGAACAAAAUAAUUUAAUUGCAAAUCAUGAGCUGAGUGAGUAUAAGAGAGUGGUAGAUGAAUUAGAAAAAUGCGAAUUUAAUGAUAUUCAAUUAAAUUGGAUAAAUAAAAUGAACUCUUUGUCUCGAAAUUUUUAA